AUGAGCAAAGGCGCAUUGGCCCAAUACACCAGGCCUGUCUCCAGACCCGGACCUUACCGUCGGUAUGACCGCCUUCCUCCCAUUCAGGCCCAAUUCUCCAUCGAGAGCGACUCAGAUAUGACUGAGUCCACUGGACUUAUUCAGGAGUAUGACGUUUUUGACCCCUCUAAGCCCCGACCUCACAUGUAUUUUUGUUUAGGGGGACCAGGAAGCGGAAAGGGCACCCAAACUGCCAAAAUGGCAAGCCAUUAUUGUUUUGAGUGUGUGUCUGUGGGGGAGAUUAUGCGGAACCAGCUCCUGCACCAUGCCUCUAGUGACAGAAAGUGGGAGCUCAUCGCUAAGAUCAGCGCCAACGGGGAACUGGCACUUUAGGAGACAACAAUUGAGGAACUGUAGCAGCAGUUCAUCAAGAAACAAGGUGCCCAAGGUUUUUAUUGUGGAUGGAUUGGCCCAGAAAUGUCCUUUGAGGAGCAGAUUGGCACUCCGGACCUAGAUCUACUGGCCUGCUCCAAUCAGCAACUUCGCCAGUGUCUUGAGAAGAGAGGCGAAAACAGCCACGCCAUCGAGAAAUGCCUGGAAAUGUUGAAGCACAACAUCACUCCAUUAACCAACUACUACAAGGAGAGGGCACUUAUUGUCAGGGCUCUGCUGGCUGCAGAACACCCAGUCCAUGUCUCCUCCAGGCUCCCUUGA